UUUUUUAGUUCUCAAAUCUCUCUACACACACACACACACUCUCUCUCUCUAAAACAAACAACAAAUCAUCAUCAUCAUCAUAAAAACAAUCGCUCCAUCCUUUCUAGGGUUUUAAUUUAAAACUCUCAGAAAUCAAAUCCCGACGAUUUCAAUUCCAUCUCUCACUCUCUCUCUCUCUCAAGAAUCCAUUUCUAUCUCCUGCAACGGGGUUGGAUCGCAUUUCUAGUUGUUGAUUUUGUGUAUCGCGAAGUUCUGAGGUUGAAUUUGAAUAAAAUCGAAGAGUUUAAAUUUGAAUUAUGAGACGAAGACAGAAGCUAUGUUUUGUGGAUUGGGGUUGUAGCAAUGCACCGUGUGGGUAGUGCAGGGAACACAAACAAUUCUGUUCGCCCGCGUAAAGAGAAGAGGCUGACAUAUGUGUUGAGUGAUGCUGAUGACACAAAGCAUUGUGCUGGCAUAAACUGUCUAAAAGUGUUAAAGUCCACUGUAUCUGAUGGGCGUGAUUACCUCUUCACUGGGAGUCGUGAUGGCACGCUGAAGAGAUGGGCCCUUUCUGAAGAUUCUGCGACGUGCUCUGCUACAUUUGAGUCUCAUGUUGAUUGGGUAAAUGAUGCUGUCCUUGCUGGUGACAGAACCCUUGUCUCCUGCUCUUCAGACACCACCCUCAAGGCAUGGAAUUGCUUAUCUGAUGGAACUUGUACCAAGACUCUUCGCCAACACUCUGAUUAUGUUAUUUGUCUUGCGGCGGCAGAAAAAAAUAGCAAUGUAGUUGCCUCUGGAGGCCUUGGUGGGGAAGUUUUCAUAUGGGAUGUGGAAGCUGCACUGACUCCAGUGUCAAAGUCUGGUGAUGCAAUGGAAGAUGAUUGUUCAAAUGGUGUAAAUGGCUCUGCUAAUUCAUUGCCCGUGACAAGUUUACGAACCAUUAGCUCAAGCAACAGCAUUUCUGCACACACGUCUCAGUCCCAUGGGUAUGUCCCAGUUGGUGCUAAAGGCCAUAAGGAGUCAGUCUAUGCAUUGGCAAUGAAUGAUAGUGGAACCCGUCUUGUCUCUGGUGGGACCGAGAAGGUUGUGCGUGUUUGGGACCCCCGUACUGGUUCAAAGGCUAUGAAGCUAAGAGGGCAUACCGAUAACAUUAGAGCGUUGCUUCUGGAUUCUACUGGCAGGUAUUGCUUAUCAGGUUCUUCUGAUUCUAUGAUCAGGCUGUGGGACCUUGGGAUGCAGCGAUGUGUGCAUUCAUAUGCUGUGCAUACAGAUUCUGUUUGGGCACUUGCCAGCACUCCAACAUUCAGCCAUGUAUACAGUGGUGGAAGGGACCUUUCUUUGUACUUGACAGACUUGGUGACAAGAGAGAGUCUUUUGCUUUGCACGAAAGAGCACCCGAUUUUGCAAUUGGCAUUACAUGAUGACAGUAUAUGGGCUGCAACAACAGAUUCUUCGGUUCAUAGAUGGCCCGCUGAAGCACACAAUCCUCAAAAGGUCUUUCAAAGAGGUGGUUCAUUCUUGGCUGGUAACCUUUCCUUUUCAAGGGCAAGAGUUUCAUUAGAAGGAUCUACUCCAGUGCCAGUCUACAAAGAACCAACCUUAACCAUUCCUGGAACUCCAGCAAUAGUGCAGCAUGAAAUUUUAAAUAAUAGAAGGCAUGUCUUGACUAAGGAUACUGCUGGCUCAGUGAAGCUGUGGGAGAUCACAAGGGGCAUUGUAAUUGAAGACUAUGGGAAGGUGUCAUUUGAGGAGAAAAAGGAACAAUUAUUUGAAAUGGUCAGCAUUCCUGCAUGGUUCACUGUGGAUACCAGGCUUGGAAGCUUGUCUGUUCAUUUGGACACACCACAAUGCUUUUCAGCUGAGAUGUAUUCAGCUGAUCUUAACAUAGCUGGGAAACCUGAGGAUGAUAAGGUUAAUUUAGCUCGCGAAACCCUUAAGGGUUUGUUGGCUCAUUGGUUGGCCAAGAGAAGGCACAGACUUGGUUCUCCAACUUCAGCUAAUGGAGAUGUUCUAUCCGGAAAGGAUUUUGCUCAUAGAAGUCUUGGCCAUUCUAGAGUUGAAGUAGACGGCGGUGCUGAAAAUGACUCCAAGGUUUAUCCUCCAUUCGAAUUUUCAACAGUUUCCCCUCCUUCGGUUGUUACUGAAGGCUCUCAAGGAGGUCCAUGGAGAAAGAAAAUUACUGAUUUAGAUGGAAGCGAAGAUGAAAAGGACUUCCCUUGGUGGUGUUUGGAUUGUGUGUUGAACAAUCGCCUACCUCCAAGAGAAAACACCAAGUGCAGCUUUUAUCUGCAUCCAUGUGAAGGUUCAGCAUUUCAGAUCCUCACACAAGGCAAAUUAAGUGCACCUCGCAUCCUUAGAAUUCAUAAAGUUGUCAAUUAUGUCGUAGAGAAGCUGGUCCUUGACAAACCACUGGAUAAUGUGAAUACUGAUGGAACAUUUGCUCCUGGAAUUGGAGGACCCUUGCAGCAUUCAGUGGUUGGAGAUGGAUCUUUCCGAUCUGGAUUGAAGCCUUGGCAAAAGCUUAAGCCUUCCAUAGAGAUCUUGUGCAAUAAUCAGGUCUUAUCCCCGGAAAUGAGUUUAGCUACAGUGCGAGCUUACAUAUGGAAGAAACCCGAGGAUCUGACCCUUAAUUACAGAGUAGUUCAGGGAAGGUGACUCCAUGCAACUUUUAGGAGCAGGUUAGCUUGGCUUGUGGUGAUCGAAAUCAUGUGCCUGUGUGAGAUACCGGGGAAGACAUCGAUUCUUCUUGGGGUACUUCACUUGAAUGGACGUAUCCAAUCGACCCUUGUAAAUUUGGAAAAUCAAUCGCCGAACCUGCUGAGAAGAUCCUUUGCAUUUUCCUUUUGUUUGACAGAUGGUAUAUAAAUUUUGAGCCUUGUCUAGCCUUCAUGCAAGCUUUUUUUGGUUGGACAUCGCCAAGUUGUAGGGCAAGUCUGCAUGUGGCAAUAGAGAGAUUUGCGAUGGGUGGAUAAUUAACCAGGAGUAUCCUAGGAACUGUCUUAAGUGGUGCCAAAAAUAGAGUAACGGCGUCGAAAGCGUUGUAGAUUUGUAUUGUGGGGUACAUUACCUAGUCAUAGAAACACUGUUAUGAAGAUGGUGUUUUUCUCUCCUUUUUGGAAAUAAUACAAUUCUCUUUUGUCUCCA